CAAAGCAUCUCAAAUGUCUUCGCCACAAAUCUCCAUCCCUCCUCCAUCAUCUUCCUCCUCUUCAUACAACUCUAGCCUCCUCGUCAUCGCCACCCUCCUCGCCUUUGUCCUCGCCUUCACCAUCGUUGUCCACCUCAUCCUCCGCCUCCUCGCUCGCCUCUCCUAUGUCGCUCCCUCUCCCUCUCUCACCCACAUCAACGCCACCUCCUCCAACCCCGCCUCCACCACCAACACCACCACCAAACUCGACCCCAAUCCUAAAAUCCUAAUUGACUCGCUCCCCCUCUUCACCCUCUCCUCCCUCCCUCAAUCUCCUUCAUCAAAUUGCACAAUUUGCCUCUCCCAGUUCACCCUCAACGAGAAGCUCCGCCUCCUCCCGCCAUGCCUCCACGCAUUCCACUCUUCUUGCAUUGAUGCGUGGCUCAAAUCAUCCCCUUCAUGCCCACUGUGUCGGUCAUUGGUGCAAAUUCAGUGUACGGAGCCUCCUCCAGUCGCGGCUCCACAGGUGGUAGAGGAGGAGGCUCAGUCGAAUGUUGAGGAGACAGAGAGCGUUCCGUGGUUGAAGGAGUAUGUGGAUCGACUGGCGGUAUCAGCGUCAUCCUCAUUCAAUUCGAUGAGGUUUUCAUCAUCGUCGCCAUUCAGUUCGAUGAGGUUCUCGUCGUGGGGGAGCCAGAGCUUUGAUGGGGAUGUGAGCGGGAGUUUGGAGUUGGGGGAGAGUCUUAGGUCGGAGGAGAGUGGGUACCUAGCUUCUUCAUUCAAGUGGAUUUUUGGGAGGGGCAACUUUGUAAUUACGGUGUAGUGUAGGUCUGUUUAGUGGGUGGUCUUUGGCGGGUAAAAUGGGAGUUGAAACAGAAACCAGGGAAGACACUUGAACCAAAGAACAAGUUGAGUUUUACUGUUUUCCCCUUUUGCUUUGUAUUGAGAGCAAUUUCAAUGGAGAUUCUAAGAAAAACACAAAAAUAGGAAGAAUUUGUGUGCAUAGGAGAAUUCUUCAGAUAUACUAAUUGAUGCAUCCCAAUUUAGAAUUUUCGAACUCUAUAGCUCUCAAUAUCCAGUAACCAAACAUAAAUUCAUUUAGCAUGUUGAUUUUCUACACAAUUCUAAUUAAUAUUAAGAUAAAUACAACACAGUCUAAAUAUAUCAUCUCAUGUGCAUCCUCUUCAGAAAGAAGGGACUACCGCUAUCAUCGCUUCUCCUUGAAGAGGAAGGUGAAGGAGAUGGCGGCUCAAAUAAUUUGCAGAAAUGAAGGAGUUCAUCGGCUCCAGCUGGCACCACAGUUGAUCCAUCUGG